CCGCAGACCCCCUCCUCCCCGCCGGGUCGCGGCGGCUUUGACAGAGCGCGAUGGCGGCGGCCGCGGCGGCAGGGGUCCCGGCGACCGUGUCGGGGAAGCCCGAGUUCUACCAGCUCCUGAAGAACCUCAUCAACCCCAGCUGCAUGGUGCGGAGGCAGGCCGAGGAGGUCUACGAGAACAUCCCGGGGCUGUGCAAGACGACGUGCCUCCUGGAUGCCGUCCGGAACCGGAGAGCAGGUUACGAGGUGAGACAAAUGGCUGCCGCGCUGCUCCGGCGGCUUUUGUCCUCGGGGUUUGAAGAAGUCUAUCCCAACUUGCCCGCCGACGUGCAGAGGGACGUCAAGAUCGAGCUGAUCCUGGCCGUGAAGUUGGAGACGCAUGCCAGUAUGCGGAAAAAGCUCUGUGAUAUUUUUGCCGUGCUGGCGAGGAAUCUGAUCGACGAGGAGGGCACGAACCACUGGCCGGAAGGUCUGAAGUUCCUGAUCGAUUCGAUCUACUCCAAAAAUGUGGUUCUGUGGGAGGUGGCGCUUCACGUUUUCUGGCACUUCCCCGGAAUUUUUGGGAACCAAGAGCGGCAUGAUUUGGAUAUCAUCAAACGGUUGUUGGACCAGUGUAUCCAAGAUCAAGAGCAUCCGGCCAUCAGGACAUUAUCCGCCAGAGCUGCGGCUACGUUUGUGCUUGCCAAUGAGAAUAACUUCGCCCUUUUCAAAGACUUUGCAGACUUGCUUCCUGGAAUCUUACAGGCUGUGAAUGACUCUUGCUACCAGGAUGACGACUCCGUGCUAGAAUCCCUUGUCGAGAUUGCAGAUACUGUGCCUAAAUACCUGGGUCCUUAUUUAGAAGAUACUCUGCAGUUGAGUCUAAAGUUAUGUGGAGACUCUCGGCUUAGUAAUCUGCAACGCCAGCUGGCCCUUGAAGUAAUAGUGACCUUGUCUGAAACUGCAACCCCAAUGUUGAAGAAAUAUACAAAUAUUAUUGCACAGGCAAUUCCUCAUAUAUUAGGAAUGAUGGUUGAUCUACAGGAUGAUGAGGACUGGGUAAAUGCCGACGAAAUGGAAGAAGAUGACUUUGACAGCAAUGCAGUUGCUGCUGAGAGUGCACUAGACAGACUGGCCUGUGGGCUGGGUGGAAAACUUGUCUUACCAAUCACUAAGGAGCAUAUCAUGCAGAUGCUUCAGAGCCCUGACUGGAAAUACCGACAUGCUGGAUUAAUGGCCUUAUCUGCCAUUGGAGAAGGAUGCCACCAACAAAUGGAACCAAUUCUAGAUGAAAUGGUUAACUCUGUUUUGCUUUUUCUUCAGGAUCCUCAUCCAAGGGUAAGGGCUGCCGCCUGUAUUACGCUUGGACAGAUGGCUACAGAUUUUGCACCUAAUUUCCAAAAGAAAUUCCACGAAACAGUGAUUGCAGCUCUGUUGCGUACCAUGGAAAAUCAAGGUAAUCAGCGUGUGCAAUCACAUGCAGCUUCUGCGCUCGUUAUUUUUAUUGAAGACUGCCCCAAAUCCUUGCUAGUUUUAUAUUUGGAUAGUAUGGUGAGAAAUCUACAUUCCAUCUUGGUGAUUAAACUUCAAGAGUUGAUUCGGAAUGGAACUAAGUUGGCCUUGGAACAGCUUGUGACAACUAUUGCCUCAGUUGCAGAUACAAUAGAAGAAAAGUUUGUUCCGUAUUAUGAUAUAUUUAUGCCAUCACUAAAGCACAUUGUUGAGCUUGCUGUUCAAAAGGAACUCAAGCUUCUGAAAGGAAAAACUAUUGAAUGCAUUAGCCAUGUUGGUCUUGCUGUUGGGAAAGAAAAAUUUAUGCAAGAUGCAUCAAAUGUGAUGCAGCUAUUACUGAAGACACAAUCAGAUUUAAAUAAUAUGGAAGAUGAUGACCCUCAGACCUCUUAUAUGGUUUCAGCAUGGGCUAGAAUGUGUAAAAUUCUUGGAAGUGAUUUUCAACAGUACCUUCCACUGGUUAUUGAGCCUCUUAUUAAGACUGCUUCAGCUAAACCUGAUGUUGCUCUCUUAGAUACACAAGAUGUGGAGAAUAUGAGUGAUGACGAUGGCUGGCAAUUUGUAAAUCUUGGAGAUCAGCAAAGUUUUGGAAUUAAAACCUCAGGACUUGAAGCAAAAGCAACUGCUUGCCAGAUGUUGGUUUACUAUGCUAAGGAAUUAAGGGAAGGACUUGUGGAAUAUACAGAACAAAUUGUAAAGCUGAUGGUUCCUUUACUGAAAUUUUACUUCCAUGACAAUGUUCGAGUGGCAGCAGCUGAGUCCAUGCCAUUUCUCCUGGAAUGUGCAAGAAUUCGUGGCCCAGAGUAUCUUGCACAGAUGUGGCAAUUCAUAUGUGAUCCCUUAAUCAAGGCUAUUGGGACUGAACCUGAUACAGAUGUACUCUCAGAAAUAAUGAGUUCUUUUGCCAAGUCCAUUGAAGUAAUGGGAGAUGGCUGCCUUAAUGAUGAACACUUAGAAGAACUGGGAGAAAUAUUGAAAGCAAAACUUGAAGGGCACUUUAAAAACCAAGAAUUGAGACAGGUUAAAAGACAGGAAGAAAACUAUGACCAACAGGUUGAAAUGUCCUUGCAAGAUGAGGAUGAAUGUGAUGUUUACAUUUUGACCAAAGUGUCAGAUAUUUUGCACUCAUUAUUUAGUACUUACAAAGAAAAGAUUUUGCCAUGGUUUGAACAGCUGCUUCCAUUAAUUGUAAAUCUAAUUUGUUCUAGUAGGCCAUGGCCAGAUAGACAGUGGGGAUUGUGCAUAUUUGAUGAUAUUAUAGAGCACUGUAGCCCAACCUCAUUUAAAUAUGUAGAAUAUUUUCGGUGGCCAAUGCUACUAAAUAUGCGAGAUAAUAACCCUGAAGUCAGACAAGCUGCUGCUUAUGGCCUGGGUGUUAUGGCACAGUUUGGUGGAGAUGAUUAUCAUUCUUUAUGUUCAGAAGCUGUUCCACUGCUGGUAAAAAUUAUUAAGUGUGCAAAUUCUAAAACCAAAAAAAAUGUCAUUGCUACAGAGAACUGUAUCUCAGCAGUAGGCAAGAUUUUGAGGUUUAAGCCUAACUGUGUAAAUGUAGAUGAAGUUCUUCCACACUGGUUGUCAUGGCUUCCACUGCAUGAGGAUAAAGAGGAAGCUAUUCAGACUUUCAGUUUUCUCUGUGACUUAAUUGAAAGUAACCACCCAGCUAUACUUGGUCCAAAUAAUUCCAAUCUUCCCAAAAUAAUCAAUAUAAUUGCAGAAGGAAAAAUUAAUGAGACUAUUAGCUAUGAAGAUCCAUGUGCCAAACGCCUAGCUAAUGUUGUGCGCCAGGUACAGACUUCUGAAGAAUUGUGGUUGGAAUGUAUAUCCCAACUUGAUGAUGAGCAUCAGGAAGCCUUACAGGAGUUGCUGAAUUUUGCUUGAAGCACUUUAAUACCACUUGAAUAUCAUCUACCAUAAAAGCAACUCCAAAUAAGUGUUGUGAAUGGAUUCCAUUGUAAUUGAGAGAACUGUUUUUCCCCCCUGCUAAGCAGUUUGUAUUCCUUCCCCAUGUUUCUCCAGGAUUAGCCAGUGUUAUAACCUUCUGUUCACCUUGCAUGUUUUAUCUCGUAAUCAUAGAUCUUGGUGAUGACCUGUGCUUCCACUGUCUUAGAAUGUUUUUUCUCUUUCCCCUAGUUGAUGUGAAGUAUAUAAAUUGUUGCUAUUUGUCUGAAUUAUUGAUGCUGAGCAAGCAUUAUACUUGGUGUCAGGAUGUCAUACUGCCUAUCACAAGAUGCUAAGAGCUCACAGAGUUAGGACAGGAGAACUUCCAGGACAAACAUCUUUGUAAUUAUGGGUGAAGAAUACAGUGGCAGGCUUAGUCCUCCUUGAUUAAUAGUCCUGGUUUUCAUGGUAAUAGGAAAAUGCUGAACUUGGGAGAGAGUUUUGAGCUAUUGCAGUGGAUGUGGGGCAUUUUCUCUAUAUUAUGUAUGAACUUUUUCACAAUGCCUUCCUCAGAACUGGGUGAAACAUCCACAUUCUACUUCCAGCUGAGAGUUAUGAGAACUUUAGAAUUUUCUUAGACUGGUCUCUGUUAAGUUAUCUAGGACUCUUAAGAACCAUGUUUACUGAAAAGGGUAUCCUGACAUCUAACAUUGGUAGCAUGUAACCUACUGUAAUAACACAGUUUGACAAAUGGAAAGUAAUAUUUGUGGGAGUCAUUAAAUGUUAUGUAUUUGAGCAGAAUAUUGUAUUGUGUAUGUAUGCUAUUUUUCCCCUCCAAAGCAGCUCAACAAGAAGAGAAGACCUAAUUUAAAGUGGAGUUUAAAUAGAUUUCUGUUUUGAAGAAGUUCUUAAUAAAUGCUAUAGUAGCACUAAAGCUACUAUUGUGAAAAUGAAAGGAAAGCAAAAUUAAUAUUAUCUUUAGACAUGAAAAUGUAAACAGCUUUGAGACCAGUCAUUUAGCAUUAGAUGUGCAUUAUAAGAAAACAGUACUAGAAAUGUAGGGUUAAUUAUAUUAUUUGGAAUGUCAGUCUUUAAUGUUGAGCUUUUGUAGGGUAGAAAAAAAGCUUUCUACUCAACAAAUCAUUGAUCCAAAAUUUAAAAAUAAAUACAUCUAUCAUAAUUUCCUGGUACUAUUGUGAGUACUGUAUAUGUAAACUAUUUAGCAAGUACUGGUAAGUGCUUAAUAAAUGGUAGCUAUUA